CUUUUGAAUCUUCAUUGAAUCCUCUCUCUCUCUCUCUCUCUCUCAUCUUUGGAUUGGACCAUUUUCCUUGGAACUAGUCCUCUCUUGAAUCUGAAGUUACCCAAAAGACUUGAACUUCAAGUGUGUUCUUCUCCUUAAACAAAGCCUGGUUUUGGAAUUGACAUAGAUCUUGCCUUUGAUACAGUUUGCGAAAAAAAGGGUAGAGAUUAAAGCAUAAGGUACAACCUGCACUUUUAUUUAUUUAUUUUAAUUUGUGUAGUGAGUUCCAAAAUCAGUAGCAGUUACUGAUAAAGAGACAUAAGAGAAGAGAAGGUUGAUUGAUUGAUGACUUAUGGUGAAGUUUGCUCCCACCUUUUCCUUCAUAAAAAAAUGGUUGCUUUUUUGAUGGGGGAGUGAAAUUGAUUGACUAAUGUCUAAUGGUUUAUGAGCUGAGUUUAUCAACUGGAUGUGGGUCCCAAUUCAUGUGUCAUAGGUUGUUUAUGUUUCGUGUAGCUCCCAAAUCAUAAUCUUUUGGCAUUGGUGUGGAUUGAUGCCGAUUUAAAGUAGACAUCUUAAGCUUGAAAAUCAUGUUCUAUCUUUCAGAAAACAUGCACCCUUUUUGCUUAAAUGCAUGUUAAGGAGGUUGUGGUUUUGGUAAUCUGGUUCUCUUUAGUUUUAACAAGUGGUUCCAGUUCUUUUGCUGAAAUCAUUUUUCUGCCGGGGAUUCGACUAGUUCGGUUUCAUCUGCAGCUUGAAAGAGGUGAAUUUAUAGACAGAGAAAGUUUGUUCUUGCACUUGAGGUGAAACGGUUCUGGAAUUCGAUUUGGAUUUUGAACUGUUGUACAAAAGAGUAUGAGGAAAAAUGCUGGUUCUUAUUCAGGAAGGAUGUUUAGUGACAGGAAAUGGAUUAUACCCUUUUUCGCAACUUUACUGGUUUCUGUGAGUCUGAUCCUGACUGCUAUGCUGGGGGCACCGAGUUCUGCUGGCAGGGGAGAUCAGCUCACAAGAUCGGAGGAUUCGAGUGGAUAUUUUGUGGAAUCAGAUUUGGAAAGGUCUUAUAAUGAUAAUGUGGUUACGAAAAUGGAGGCACCGAGGUUUGCAUAUCUUAUUUCGGGAACCAAGGGUGAUAGCCAAAGGAUGUUGAGAACAUUAGAGGCAGUGUACCACCCAAGGAACCAGUACAUCUUGCAUUUAGAUCUUGAGGCUCUGCCCCGUGAAAGGAUGGAACUGGCAAAUGCAGUGAAAGCAGAUCCAAUGUUUCGGGAAGUGGAGAAUGUGCGUGUUAUGUCCCAAUCCAAUUUGGUGACUUAUAAGGGUCCAACAAUGAUUGCUUGUACCCUCCAAGCCAUUGCCAUAUUAUUGAAAGAGAGUUCCGGGUGGGACUGGUUUAUAAACCUCAGUGCAUCAGAUUAUCCUCUUAUGACACAGGAUGAUUUGCUGCAUGUUUUCUCUAAUCUAUCAAGAGAUCUCAAUUUCAUCGAACACACUCGCCUUGCUGGUUGGAAACUGAAUCAAAGAGCAAAACCAAUCAUCUAUGAUCCUGCGCUUUAUUUAUCAAGGAAAUCUGAUUUAGCAUGGACUACUCAGCGAAGAACACUUCCCACAUCUUUUUCCCUUUUCACUGGUUCAGCUUGGGUUGUACUGACCCGGUCCUUCGUGGAGUACUGCAUAUGGGGAUGGGAUAACUUACCUCGCACGAUGCUUAUGUAUUAUGCAAAUUUUGUGUCCUCGCCGGAGGGAUAUUUUCAUACUGUCAUCUGUAACAAUGAAGAAUUCCGGCAUACAGCAGUAAGCCAUGAUCUUCAUUACAUUGCUUGGGACAAUCCCCCGAAGCAGCAUCCCCGCUCAUUAACUAUGAAAGACUUCGAUAAAAUGGUAACAAGUAAUGCCCCCUUUGCCCGAAAGUUUCCAAAGGAUGAUCCCGUUCUAGACAAGAUCGACAAAGAACUUCUGAGCCGCACACAUAGAUUUCCGCCCGGGGCAUGGUGUGUUGGGAGCUCAGAUGGUGAGGCAGACCCUUGUUCUAUACGUGGUAACGAUACGGUGUUUAGGCCAGGCCCCGGUGCUGAAAGGUUAUGGGAGCUGCUUCAAAUACUGGUUUCUGAAGAAAAUAAAAGCAAGCGGUGUUUGUGACAAAGAGGUUACCUUCCAAGUAGGGCAGUGUCAAAGUGUAAAUAAUUGUGAUUAUAGAUCAUAUACGUAUCCAAUGUAAAAGUUCAAAAUUUCGUGUUCAA